UUUUGUAAUUCAAGAUUCUCCCUGUCUGUUAUACUUGUAAGCUUUUUCCAGUAGCUUGGAGAUUAUUCCAAUGAAGCCAAAAGAAAAAUUCUGACGGUGCACAUUAAAGAAAAGCACAAAGCUGAUCUAUGGAUUUUCAACAUUAUUUUAAAAUGUAAGAAGAGAUGGCCAUUUGUCAAAAUAGGACAGAAUUAUGCCAUAAAAUAAUCAACUACAAUCUUGGAAAAUAAGUUAUAUGCCAACUAUGAAGAUGAAUAAAACUGUCAUUCCAGAGCUUAACUUUGUGUUGGACUGCAUUACGGACUCUGAGAAGAAGCGCCUUGCAUCUGCAUUACUUAUUAUAAUGUAUAUAAUAACAUUUUUUGGAAACCUCCUUGUAAUUGCGGUCAUAUUAGCAGACCAUCAGCUGCAUGAACCAAUGUUUGUCUAUAUAGGUACCUUAGCGACACUUGACUUGGCUAUUAGCAGUUAUGUCAUUGGCAGUAUGCUUUCUAUCCUUCUGUUUAAUUACUCAGUUGUGUCACAAAAUGUAUGUUUGUUGCAGAUGGCCAUUGUUAUAUACAUAGAGGCAUUAAUAUCUCUUAUUUUAGGUAUAAUGGCAUAUGACCGCUAUGUAGCUGUUCUCCAUCCCCUGAGAUACCACUCCAUUGUUACAAAUAAAACUGUUUCGGCUUUCCUUUUGCUUUGUAAUGUUUUUGGAUUUAUUGCCAUAACACCAUUUAUAAUUUCUGCUAAAGAACUUCCUUUCUGUAAGACCACUGUUUUGCCAUUUUGUUUCUGUGAUUAUUCUACUAUGGUUCACGUUGCCUGUACUAAUGACCCAAAAUACUUAUUUAUUUUGUCCAUCAUUACUGUCAUCUUUGGCGGUGGACCAGUGGUUAUGAUCCUGUUUUCUUAUAGUAACAUUGCUUACUCAGCACUUAAGAUCUCUUCAGCCGAAGGCAAGCGCAAACUUUACAGCACCUGUUCGACACAACUUUUGGUGGUUGGACUUGCCUAUGGCCCUAUUUUUUUAAGUUAUAUGCUGCCAGCAGCUGGUGUAAAAUGGUCUACUGAAGCUUAUAAUGCAAUGGUCAUUAUGGGCAACAUCUCUCCUCCUGUUUUUAAUCCAUUAAUUUAUAGUUUCAGGAACCAGGAAAUUAAAAAAAGCAUUUACAAGUUUUUUACAAGAAAAAGAAAUGCAGCACAAAUUGGAACCAGAAAGUAAUGUGCAAUAAAGAUUAUCAACUGUUGAAAAUUGUGAUUUAUAUUUAAUUAACAUUUAAUCAGAGCAGUCCAGAUAUGAGGUCAUGAUGAGUCAGAGGCUGUGUCAGCAGGAAAAAAAUAAAUAAAAGAAGCCAGUUUUUGCUCAAAGGUCAUGAGACAUAUCAGCAAUCAAUUUGUUAAAACAUUUUACAAAUAAUAUAAAAUUAUUUAAAGACACUUAUUUUAAAGCCUUAGCUGUCACUUGUAGCUGUUGCUGUGGAAAAUGCAACUAUUAUCUUCAUCUAA